AUGUUCUCGAAUCCCAUAACCCUGGUCCUUUCCCCGCAUCCGAGCAUCGUGAUGCACGCUACCCGAAACGUCAUCGCAUCCAGCCACGUGCACGCACAUGUUUCCCAUUUUGUUCCUUCCACGCCAAAACAUGAAAAUGCUACUACAACUGCGAUUCAGAACAUGCAGAUUCUCCGAUCUUACUGUGCUGAUCCGAAGCGGACACUGGCCCAUUUUCGGGUAGUGGAUCGUCGGGUCGGGAACUCGCGUGCAGGGAAGAUUCUGAGCUUAUUCGCUGGGGACGAGGCUGGAGGCCUGGGGUACUUUGAUUUGGUGGGUUUGGAAUGGGAAACAGAACGGCAAUUUCUGCAGGUUAGGGGUUGGACCGGGUUGAUGGGAGCUUCAAGGCUGGGGACGGAGCAGAUGGGAGGUUUAUGGGAUGGGAUGGGAGUUAUUAAGGCUUGGAUUACGGCGCGGAGCUUUUCCAUCAAGCUGAUUGAUGACUCGAUAUCUGACGUGCAGUGCAGAUACAACUGCCGUUCAAUAAUAUCGGGCCUUCUCCUCAAAACGCGUCUGCUGAAUCUCCCUGUAUUGCAAAGCGGAAUUAGACCGCAGGGUUUCACAAUUUGGACAAUUACGAGCAUUUGCUUCGCCUUUUGA